AUGACAGAAAACGGCGAGAAUUCGUUUCUUCUUCUCCUUGUUCAGAAUUUUAUCUAUUUUUAUCUAUCUAUCUAUCUAUCUAUCUAUCUAUCUAUCUCUAUAUCUUCUGUUCAUAUCUAUCUAUCUAUCUAUCUCAGCUUCUGUUCAUAUCUAUCUAUCUAUCUAUCUAUCUAUCUAUCUAUCAAUCUAUCUAUAAUUAUCUGUCUCAUCUAUCUAUCUAUCUAUCUCAGCUUCAUCUAUCUAUUCAUCUAUCUAUAUAUAAUCUGUCUAUCUAUCUCAGCUUCUGUUCAUUAUCUAUCUAUCUAUCUAUCUAUCUAUCUAUCUAUCUCAGCUUCUGUUCAUAUCUAUCUAUCUAUCUAUCUAUCUAUCUAUAUAUAUCUGUUCAUAUCUAUCUAUCUAUCUAUCUAUCUAUCUAAAAUAUCAUCUUCUUUCUAUUCUAUCUAUCUAUCUAUAUCAGCUUCUGUUCACAUCUAUCUAUCUAUCUAUCUAUAUCAGCUUCUGUUCAUAUCUAUCUAUCUAUCUAUCUAUAUCAGCUUCUGUUCAUAUCUAUCUAUAUCAGCUUCUGUUCAUUAUCUAUCUAUCUAUCUAUCUAUCUAUCGCAUUGUCUGUUCAUAUCUCUCUUAUUCACUUUCUUUAUAUCUAACUAUAUAUCGAUCCCAAUUUGCAUCUAUCUAUCUAUCUAUCUAUCUAUCUAUCUAUCUAUCUAUCUAUCUCCUUCUUUUCGUAUCUACUUCUUUGUUUCAAUCAAGCAAAUUCCUUAUUUAUAUCUAUCUAACGAUCGAUCUCAGUCUCUAG